AAUACUUUUAGUAGCUGUACAGCAGCAUGACGCUAAUCUUCGAUUUACGAAUAUAUUUAUUCAUUCAUUUAUUUCUGUCGAUGUCGCACAUAUCUUGUGGUCUGUUAUGUCCAUACCAACCAUUAUACGAAAAACUAGACGUCGACCGGUUGAGCAAGUUGAAUGCAACCUGGUACGAUGUAUUUGAUAUACCAUACAUGCAAAUGGCGAUCGAUUGCUGGGACUGGCACACUAUACGACCAGCGGAAGGUGGAUUUUCGGCAAAUGUAACAAUGCACGUGGCUGAAAAACCUCUAGAAGAUCAUCUGUAUGUGUUCGUUCACUUCAUUGAAAAUCGUGAUGGAACAUACAGCUUGAACCAAGAACAUAAAAAAGCUUACGCUACCAACACUAAACAAGCAGUUUCGCAUAAAGCUACCCAGCAAACAUUUGAGGGUCUCGAUAAUCUGAAUGAAGCUAUUUUCUCUUCGAAAUUUUUCUUCUUGACUGAUUAUGAGAACUAUUUCAUUGCAUCAUUUUGUGGACCCGACGGUCUUGGUAAUAUCGUUAAAAACAGAAAUGCACAUCCAACUGCAGGAGACAUUUUGAAUAUCUGGAACGCUUUGAGUGAACAGGGCGAAAUUCCAAAGCUAGAUGUGGAAUUCAAGAAGAUUUGUGUUUCUAGACAUUAUACUGCAAAUCAUGGCUUGUAGUGACACAUAAACAUCUGAAUCCUGUGCAUUAUAAACCUAUGUCCUUCUCUGUAAAACUUUCUCUGUAUUCGAGAACUAACAUCGUGGACUUUUUGUAACAGAGACAGACAUUAAGUAUAGACAUAGAUCGUUGCAAA